CAAGGGGCUAGUCACUCCAGCCCUGCUCCUUUCCCCUCGGCCCCGCAGCGUUGAUUCUCUUCUCAAAAUGUACCUCGGAGAAGGGAAGGGCUGAGAGAUUUAAGACGCAGGGAUCCAUGUCACGUGCUGCCCGUAGCAACCGCGGCGGCGGCGGCGGCGGCGGCGCCGAGUCCUUAGCGAGACUGCACCAUUUUCUCUCGCCCCGCAUAGAGGUGUGGUUGCAAGCCGCGGCGAACUCCCCACCCCCUAGGACUCACACCGAGGUGGCCUCUUCCUGGCUCCGGUCUGAAGACAGACUGUCUGGAGGAGUCCCCCAAGACCGUUCCAACUGGUGAUGAGCGCCUGAGGAAGGCUUUUUGCAACUAUUAGGAUGCUUGUCUGCGCUCGGGGCCACCCAGCUGCUGAGGAGCUUGGGUUCCAGAGCUCCGCCCUCCCUUGGGACCAUUGCUGAGCGUGGGCGCUCACCUGUGCAUGCCUGUGUGCAGGUGUGUGCUGCUGUGGGGCUUGGCUUGCAACCUGGGUGGGGGACACCCGAGUGAAUUAUGGGUGCUGCAGAGGCUGGAGCAAGAUUAUGACCUAGCUCGGGGGCGGUGUGGAUUAUUUUGUUGAGUGUUCUGGCCGCCAGCCAUUGCUCUGCUGGGGGAAAUCACAUCACUACACAGCAGUAAAGAUCACCUGUAUUGCUGGGGAGUGGAAAGUGAUUCUCCGCCGGUAUCUGCAAACAUGGCUCACGCGGCUGCUUCUAUCAAAAAAGUUCGAGAGGCUGAACUGGAUGAAAAGGAAAAAAAUCUGGAGAGGGAGAGAAAAAAACAACGGAAAAUCCCCAGGGAUCGAAUGGAGCGGAAAAGAAAGUCUGACAGCAACGCCAGCUUCCUCCGCGCUGCCAGGGCAGGCAACCUGGACAAAGUUGUGGAAUACCUGAAGGGGGGCAUUGACAUCAACACCUGCAAUCAGAAUGGACUCAAUGCUCUCCAUCUGGCAGCCAAGGAAGGCCAUGUGGGCCUCGUGCAGGAGCUGCUGGGAAGAGGGUCCUCCGUGGAUUCUGCCACUAAGAAGGGAAACACUGCUCUUCACAUUGCAUCACUGGCCGGACAAGCGGAAGUUGUCAAAGUUCUAGUUAAGGAAGGAGCCAAUAUCAACGCCCAGUCACAGAAUGGCUUCACACCUUUAUAUAUGGCUGCCCAGGAAAAUCACAUUGACGUUGUAAAAUAUUUGCUGGAAAAUGGAGCUAAUCAGAGCACUGCUACAGAGGAUGGCUUUACUCCUCUAGCUGUGGCACUCCAGCAAGGACACAACCAGGCUGUGGCCAUCCUCCUGGAGAACGACACCAAAGGGAAGGUACGGCUGCCGGCUCUGCACAUCGCGGCUCGGAAAGAUGACACCAAGUCCGCGGCCCUCCUGCUUCAGAAUGAUCACAACGCAGAUGUACAAUCCAAGAUGAUGGUGAACAGGACAACUGAGAGCGGCUUCACCCCUCUACACAUAGCAGCACACUAUGGAAACGUCAAUGUGGCCACCCUUCUUCUAAACCGGGGAGCCGCGGUGGACUUCACGGCCAGGAAUGGAAUCACUCCCCUGCACGUGGCUUCCAAACGGGGAAAUACCAACAUGGUGAAGCUCCUGCUGGAUCGAGGUGGUCAGAUCGAUGCCAAAACUAGGGACGGGCUGACACCACUUCACUGCGCUGCACGAAGUGGGCAUGACCAAGUUGUGGAGCUGCUGCUGGAACGGGGUGCUCCCUUGCUGGCAAGGACCAAGAAUGGGCUGUCUCCGCUUCACAUGGCUGCACAGGGGGACCACGUGGAAUGUGUGAAGCACCUGCUACAGCAUAAGGCGCCUGUUGAUGACGUCACCCUGGAUUACCUGACGGCCCUUCAUGUUGCUGCACAUUGUGGUCACUACCGUGUAACCAAACUCCUGCUGGACAAGAGAGCCAACCCGAAUGCGAGAGCCCUGAAUGGUUUUACUCCACUGCACAUUGCCUGCAAGAAAAACCGCAUCAAAGUCAUGGAACUGCUGGUGAAAUAUGGGGCUUCAAUCCAAGCUAUAACAGAGUCUGGCCUCACGCCAAUACAUGUGGCUGCCUUCAUGGGCCACUUGAACAUUGUCCUCCUUCUGCUGCAGAACGGAGCCUCUCCAGAUGUCACUAACAUUCGUGGGGAGACAGCACUUCACAUGGCCGCCCGGGCCGGGCAGGUAGAAGUGGUCCGAUGUCUCCUGAGGAAUGGUGCUCUUGUGGAUGCCAGAGCGAGGGAGGAACAGACGCCUUUACAUAUCGCCUCUCGACUGGGUAAGACAGAAAUUGUCCAGCUGCUUCUCCAACACAUGGCUCACCCCGAUGCAGCUACGACCAACGGGUACACACCACUACACAUCUCCGCUCGGGAAGGACAGGUAGACGUGGCCUCUGUCCUCCUGGAAGCUGGAGCAGCACACUCCUUAGCCACCAAGAAAGGUUUCACUCCCCUCCACGUGGCAGCCAAGUAUGGAAGCCUGGACGUGGCAAAACUUCUCCUGCAACGCCGCGCAGCUGCAGACUCAGCGGGGAAGAAUGGCCUUACCCCGCUCCAUGUUGCUGCUCAUUAUGACAACCAGAAGGUGGCGCUGCUGCUGCUGGAGAAGGGUGCUUCCCCUCACGCCACUGCCAAGAACGGCUACACUCCUUUACACAUUGCUGCCAAGAAGAACCAGAUGCAGAUAGCGUCCACACUGCUGAGCUAUGGAGCUGAGACUAACACUGUGACGAAGCAAGGGGUCACGCCGCUGCAUCUGGCCUCGCAAGAGGGACACACGGAUAUGGUCACCUUGCUUCUAGAAAAAGGAGCCAAUAUCCACAUGUCAACCAAGAGUGGACUCACAUCCUUACACCUUGCAGCCCAAGAAGACAAAGUGAACGUUGCAGACAUUCUCACCAAACACGGGGCUGACCGCGACGCCUCCACAAAGCUUGGUUACACUCCUUUAAUCGUGGCCUGUCACUAUGGAAACGUGAAAAUGGUCAACUUCCUUCUGAAACAGGGAGCAAAUGUCAACGCAAAAACCAAGAACGGCUACACACCUUUGCACCAAGCCGCCCAACAGGGCCACACGCACAUCAUUAACGUCCUGCUCCAGCAUGGGGCCAAGCCCAACGCCACCACCGCGAAUGGUAACACGGCCCUGGCGAUUGCCAAGCGGCUGGGCUACAUCUCUGUGGUUGACACCCUGAAGGUUGUGACCGAGGAGGUCACCACCACCACCACGACUAUCACGGAAAAACAUAAGCUAAAUGUUCCUGAGACGAUGACGGAGGUUCUUGAUGUUUCUGAUGAAGAGGGUGAUGACACAAUGACAGGUGAUGGGGGAGAAUACCUGAGGCCCGAGGAUCUCAAAGAGCUGGGAGAUGACUCACUGCCUGGCAGUCAGUUCCUGGACGGCAUGAACUACCUUCGGUACAGCCUGGAGGGAGGACGAUCUGACAGCCUCCGAUCCUUCAGUUCCGACAGGUCUCACACUCUGAGCCAUGCAUCGUACCUGAGGGACAGUGCCAUGAUUGACGACACGGUUGUGAUUCCCGGCCACCAGGUGUCAGCUCUAGCCAAGGAGGCAGAAAGGAAUUCUUAUCGUCUGAGCUGGGGCACUGAGAACUUAGACAACGUGGCUCUUUCUUCCAGUCCUAUUCAUUCAGGCCGCUCCUCUCCAUGUCUUGAUCGUGACAACAGCAGCUUUCUAGUCAGUUUUAUGGUGGAUGCCCGCGGUGGUGCCAUGAGAGGAUGCAGACACAAUGGGCUCAGGAUCAUUAUCCCACCUCGGAAGUGCACAGCCCCGACUCGAGUCACAUGCCGCCUGGUGAAACGCCAUAGACUGGCAACCAUGCCGCCAAUGGUGGAGGGAGAAGGCCUGGCCAGCCGCCUGAUUGAAGUCGGACCUUCUGGAGCUCAGUUCCUUGGUAAACUUCACCUGCCAACGGCUCCUCCCCCACUUAAUGAGGGAGAAAGUUUGGUCAGCCGCAUCCUUCAGCUGGGGCCUCCUGGAACCAAAUUCCUUGGGCCCGUGAUCGUUGAGAUUCCUCACUUCGCUGCUCUUCGAGGAAAAGAGAGAGAGCUGGUGGUCUUGCGCAGUGAAAAUGGGGACAGCUGGAAGGAGCAUUUCUGUGAAUACACUGAAGAGGAACUGAAUGAAAUCCUAAAUGGCAUGGAUGAAGUGCUAGACAGUCCGGAAGACCUGGAGAAGAAACGAAUCUGCCGCAUCAUCACUCGUGACUUCCCACAGUACUUUGCGGUGGUCUCUCGCAUCAAACAGGACAGCAACCUGAUUGGCCCGGAGGGUGGGGUGCUGAGCAGCACCGUGGUGUCUCAGGUGCAAGCCGUCUUCCCGGAGGGCGCACUCACCAAGCGCAUCCGUGUAGGGCUGCAGGCUCAACCUAUGCACAGCGAGUUGGUGAAGAAGAUCCUAGGCAACAAAGCAACCUUCAGCCCGAUAGUCACUUUGGAACCCAGAAGAAGAAAAUUCCAUAAGCCUAUUACCAUGACGAUUCCUGUCCCCAAAGCUUCAAGUGAUGUCAUGCUAAACGGUUUUGGGGGAGACGCACCAACCUUAAGAUUACUAUGCAGCAUAACAGGUGGAACCACACCUGCUCAGUGGGAAGACAUCACAGGAACUACGCCACUAACAUUUGUCAAUGAAUGUGUUUCCUUCACGACCAAUGUGUCUGCCAGGUUCUGGUUGAUAGACUGUCGACAGAUUCAGGAAUCUGUUUCUUUUGCAUCACAAGUGUAUAGAGAAAUUAUCUGUGUACCAUAUAUGGCCAAAUUUGUAGUGUUUGCCAAAUCACAUGACCCCAUUGAAGCCAGGUUGCGGUGCUUCUGUAUGACAGAUGAUAAAGUGGAUAAGACCCUUGAACAACAAGAAAACUUCUCUGAGGUGGCCAGGAGCAGGGAUGUGGAGGUAUUAGAAGGAAAGCCUAUUUAUGUGGAUUGUUUUGGCAACCUGGUACCACUAACCAAGAGUGGCCAACAUCAUAUAUUCAGCUUUUUUGCCUUCAAAGAAAACAGACUUCCUCUCUUUGUCAAGGUACGUGAUACAACUCAGGAGCCUUGUGGGCGACUAUCAUUUAUGAAGGAACCGAAAUCCACAAGAGGACUGGUGCAUCAAGCUAUUUGCAACUUAAACAUCACCUUGCCGAUUUAUGCAAAGGAAUCAGAGUCAGAUCAAGAGCAGGAGGAAGAGAUCGGUAUGACAUCAGAAAAAAAUGAUGAGACAGAGUCGACAGAAACAUCUGUCCUGAAAAGCCACCUGGUUAAUGAAGUUCCUGUCUUAGCAAGUCCGGACUUGCUGUCUGAAGUUUCUGAGAUGAAACAAGAUUUGAUCAAAAUGACGGCCAUCUUGACCACAGAUGUGUCUGAUAAGGCAGGUUCUAUCAAAGUGAAGGAGCUGGCAAAGGCUGCUGAAGAAGAGCCAGGCGAACCCUUUGAAAUUGUAGAGAGAGUCAAAGAGGACUUAGAGAAAGUGAACGCAAUCCUGAGAAGUGGGACCUGCAUGAGAGAUGAAGGCAGAGCACAGAGUUCUCAGUCUGAGCGGGAGCUGGAAGAAGAGUGGGUCAUUGUCAGUGAUGAGGAAAUCGAAGAGGCCAAGCAACAUGCGCCUGUAGAGGUCACUGAACAUCCAUGUGUAGAGGUCAGAGUAGACAGAGAGACCAAAGUCAAAGUAGAGAAGGACUCUACUGGGUUAGUAAACUACCUUACAGACGACCUGAAUUCAUACACGGGUCCUCAUGAAAAGAAGCCACCAACAGCUCAAGAAAAGUCAGGGGAGAAGGGUCAGGCUCCAGCUGUUGGCAAGAGCUCUGAGAAUAACAAAGGGAAGGCUGCCCCGGCAGAGGAGAAACAGGGUGCUCAGAAACAGCCCAAACCAAGCCUGGCAAUAAAGAAGCCAGUGCGGAGGAAACUGAAAGAAAAGCAGAAACAAAAAGAGGAAAGUUCCCAAGGCAGUGAAGAAAAGACUGAACUUAAGAAAGGUAGCUCAGAAGAGUCAGUAGAUGAAGACAGAGGCCUGGCCCCCGAACCCCUUCCCACUGCCAAGGCCACCUCUCCUCUGAUAGAAGAAACCCCUAUUGGUUCCAUAAAGGACAAAGUAAAGGCCCUUCAGAAGCGAGUAGAAGAUGAGCAGAAAGGUCGAAGCAAGCUGCCAGUCAGAGUCAAAGGCAAGGAGGAUGUGCCAAAAAAGACCAUUCCCAGGACACACCCCGCUGUGUCACCCUCUUCAAAGUCAUCAUCUUCCUCUAAAACAGAAAGACACUCUCCCCUUUCUUCCUCUGCCAAAACCGAAAGGCACUCACCAGUGUCACCGUCAAGCAAAACUGAGAAACACUCACCCGUGUCACCUUCAGCAAAAACAGAACGACAUUCACCAGUGUCUUCAGGUAAACCCGAGAAACAGUCACCCGGUUCUCCAUCAGCCAAAAAUGAGAGACAUUCCCCUGUGUCAUCUAUGAAAGCAGAACGACACACACCUGUGUCCCCGUCAGGCAAAACAGACAAACGUCCUCCGGUACCAUCAUCUGGAAGAACGGAGAAGCAUCCUCCAGUGUCACCUGGGAGAACAGAAAAACGCUUGCCUGUUUCACCUUCUGCAAGAGCCUCGGAGAGGCAGGCACCCAUGUCUGCCACUGGGAAAAACGAAAAGCACCUGCCGGUGUCACCUGUGUCACCUGGGAAGACAGGAAGACAGCCGCCUGUAUCUCCCACCUCCAAAACAGAACGAAUUGAGGAGACAAUGUCUGUCCGGGAGCUGAUGAAAGCAUUCCAGUCAGGUCAGGACCCAUCGAAACACAAAACAGGGCUGUUUGAGCACAAAUCAGUGAAGCAGAAACAGUCGCAAGACAAAAGUAAAAGUAGGGUAGAAAAAGGGCACACGGUAUCCCAGAGGGAAACCCAGAGACUAGAAAGCCAGACAGCCAAGCGUGGCCAGAGGUUUCAGGGGACAGGAGCUAUGGAAUCCAGACGCUUCCGUUCUUCCACCAUCACCGUUGGGCUCAGGACAGAAGAUCCAGUUAGGGAAAGGUUUGAGAAAGCCCCCAUCAUUAGAACACCCGAGGCAGUCCCAACAGUGGUGGCAGAAGAAAGCCAUCGGGGGAGUGAGGUCCUUCAAGAAAAGACCGUGGAUGAGCAAGGAGACUUGGAUCUCCAGAUCAGCCCAGACAGGAAAACCUCCACUGACUUUUCCGCGGUCAUCAAGCAAGAGUUAGAAGACAAUGACAAGUACCGACAGUUCUGCCUCACCGAGGAGACAGAAAAGGCUCAGGUUCACUUAGACCAAGUGAUCACGAGUCCGUUCAACACAACAUUCCCACUAGAUUACAUGAAGGAGGAGUACCUACCCGCUCUGUCUUUACAGAGUGGCGCUCUGGGUGGCAGUUCGGAAAGCCUGAAACAGGAAGUGGUAGUGGGCUCGCCUUGUGGCAGUCUAAUGGAAGGCACCCCUCAGAUCAGUUCAGAAGAGAGCUAUAAGCAUGAGGGUCUAGCAGAAACUCCCGACACGAGCCCAGAGAGUCUUUCUUUUUCACCAAAGAAAAGUGAGGAACAAAUUGGAGAGACCAAAGAAACCACCAAGGUAGAAACACCCACGGAAAUUCAUUCAGAAAAAGAGCAUCCUAUAACUAAAGACACUACUGAUAGUUCUGAUAGACAAGGUGGCGGGGUCACUGCGGGCGCAGAGCCUUCUAUGGAGCAUUUUCAGAAGGAGGUCACCCAAGACCCUCCCAGAGACGCAUGCUCCAAACAAGAUGGCUGCCCUGGUAGCCACAGUAUGUCACUAGAGAAUGAAACAUGCCAGGCAUUUACUGAGAAAGGAUCCUUAGAUGAAAGGCAGCUCCCAUUCGUUAGUUCAGCUUCCAAGACACAACCAGAAAGUGAAAUUCAGGAAUCCUUAACUCCCUCAGAGAUACCAAAGGCUUUCCCACCAUCUGAGGCUUCUGUGAAGACAGUGGAAGGAACAGAACCUAAGCCCCAGGGAACCAUUAGAAGUCCCCAGGGGUUAGACCUGCCACUCCCUAGCCGUGAUAGUGAGGUCCUCAGCCCAAUGGCUGAUGAAUCAUUAACAGUCAGCCACAAAGACUCUCUGGAAGCCAGCCCUGUGCUAGAAGAUAACUCCUCACACAAAACUCCUGAUUCUCUAGAACCAAGUCCUCUGAAAGAGUCCCCUUGUAGAGACUCUCUUGAAAGCAGCCCAGUUGAGCCUAAAAUGAAGGCAGGAAUUCUCCCAAGUCACUUUCCUCUCCCUGCAGCUAUUGCCAAAACAGAUCUUGUUGCCGAAGUGGCUUCCAUGCGUUCUCGGCUGCUCCGAGACCCCGAUGGCAGUGCAGAGGAUGACAGCCUAGAACAGACAUCACUCAUGGAGAGCUCAGGGAAAAGCCCCCUCUCCCCUGACACUCCCAGUUCUGAAGAGGUUAGCUAUGAGGUCACACCCAAACCCUUAGACUCUAGUACACCCAAGCCAGCUGUGAUUCAUGAAUGUGCAGAAGAGGAUGACUCUGAAAAUGGGGAGAAAAAGAGGUUCACGCCAGAGGAGGAAAUGUUCAAAAUGGUAACUAAAAUUAAAACGUUUGAUGAACUUGAACAAGAAGCAAAGCAGAAAAGGGACUACAAAAAAGAACCCAGGCAAGAUGGAUCCUCUUCAGCCUCAGACCCUGAUGCUGACUGUUCAGCAGAAGUGGAUGAACAGAGACCAUUGGAGAGCACGGAUGGUGAGAGUGAGGUCCCUGUCUUGGUGACAUCAGAGAGCAGAAAGGCUUCUUCCUCCUCUGAAAGUGAACCUGAGCUGACGCAGCUGAGCAAAGGUGCUGACUCAGGGCUUCUCACAGAGCCAGUUAUUCGAGUGCAACCUCCAUCUCCCCUCCCAUCCAGCAUAGACUCGAAUUCCAGCCCCGAAGAAGCACAGUUCCAGCCUAUAGUCUCCAAACAGUACACUUUCAAGAUGAGUGAGGACAGUCAAGAAGAGCCAUCUAACUCAGAAGAAGACAAAGACUGUGGCUCGCAAUUAGCUGAAGACAGUCAGACUAGUUCUACUGAUGGUGCUAAUGGAUCUUCUGAUGACCUGAACCAAGAGCCUAAUCAACCAGAAGCCUGCGAUGGCCAUGGUUGUGAGGCAGUGAGUCCUGGCAACUCAGUUGCCCUUGACUCCCUAGGAGUUCAGAGUCCAGCAAGUAAUGAUUUUGAGGAGCAGCUACCUGUCAACAAAGAGUCACUAGCUCUCCAGGAUACUCUUGAAAAUGACCCAGAAGAAAGAGAGCUUGAUCCUCCUGAGGUGGAAUCAACAGAAGCAGAUUUUCCAAGGGAAAGCUCUUCCUUGUCCUCUUUGUCUCAUUGUUUGGUAGCUGAACGAAAGGAAUCGGAUAAAGAACUCCCCUCCCCAUCUUCCUCUGUAGAAGCAGAGGUCACACUAACUGACCAGACGCCAGAGAGCCUACAGCAGGACCAUCCCACUCAAGACUCAUCUACUCCAACCCAAACAGAUAGGUUUGCUAUGGAUGUUCCAGUGUCUGAUUUACCUGAGAUUGAUGAAAAUUCUGAUCCUCAAGUCAUCAGCCCUUAUGAAAAUGUCCCUUCCUCCUCAUUUUUCUCUUGUGAGGACAGCAGAAUCCAAACCAAUACUUGCCAUGCCACAGUUGUUCAUUCACCUGAAGUGUAUUCUGUUGUCAUCAGAUCCUCUGCUGAGGAUGUUGUAGUGACAAACUCCUCAAAUAGAACCAUCUCAAGCCAAGAAUCUAAUUGUGAGAGCCACAACAUAGAAACUGAUUCCGAGCAAAAAAGUACCCUGUGGGGAACACAGUCGGAUGGGCCUUCCUCGUCUGUGGCAGCCGCUACACCAAGCACACCACCAGUCAUUGGUGAGCAAGUAAGCAAAGUCAUCAUCACAAAAACAGAUGUGGACUCUGACUCCUGGAGUGAAAUCCGUGAAGAUGAUGAAGCCUUUGAAGCCCGAGUGAAGGAGGAAGAACAGAAGAUAUUUGGUUUGAUGGUAGACAGACAGUCACAGGGUACCACUCCUGAUACGACUCCUGCUAGGACCCCAACUGAAGAGGGUACCCCAACAAGUGAACAAAAUCCAUUCCUCUUUCAGGAAGGAAAAUUGUUUGAGAUGACCCGAAGCGGUGCUAUCGACAUGACCAAAAGGUCCUAUGCGGAUGAAAGUUUGCACUUUUUUCAAAUUGGUCAAGAAUCCAAUGAAGAGACUAUCUCUGAAGACUUGAAGGAAGGGACUACUGGGGCUGAACCUCCACAGAUGGAGACUACAAGUGAGUCACUGGAACUCUCAGAAUCCAAGGAAGCAAUGGACGAUGAGGGAGAAUUACUUCCUGAUGACAUGAGUGAGGAAACAGAGGAAUUACCUGCCUUAGAUGCUAACCUUGACUCCCAAGAGAUGAGUUCUGCUUCUAUUGAAACACCCAUAAAAGAGGCUGCCUCCACAGUGGUCAGGGAACUCACCACCAUGCAAUCAAGUGAUGCACCUUCUCUGAGCACUGAGGAGCCUUGCCCUGCCUUCCCCAAGUCAGUUCCUCAGCUGGACUUUUCCACAGUCACUAGGUCUAUUUAUUCAGAUCGGGAUGAUGAGUCCCCAGAUUCUUCUCCAGAGGAACAGAGGUCUGUGAUUGAGAUCCCUACUGCACCCAUGGAAAAUGUGCCUUCUACUGAAAGCGAACCCAAAUCUUCUGUAAGGACUCUCCCCACUUCAGUCCCAGCCCCUCCAUCUGCAGAGGAUGAGAGUGCAUUUUCUGAUGAUAUCCCAUCUGGUCUGGAUGAGGAAAGUAAGGAGGAUGAAGCAAAACCAAAGUCCAAAAUCCCCAUCAAAGCAACCGCCCAAAGAACUGAGUGGCAGUUCCCCCAUCCAGACACCUCUCUCCAGAAGAUAGCCAUUCCCCAGGGACAAGACAUGCUAAGCAGAGCACCAGAGGGUAGAAGCAAAUCUGAAUCAGAUGCUAGUCCCCUCGAUGCUAAGACUAAAUGCCCAGUAAAAGCCAGAAGUUACAUUGAGACAGAAACAGAGAGCAGGGAGAGGGCAGAGGGGUUUGAGUCUGAGUCAGAAGAAGGGGCCACAAAACCAAAGCCAUUUGCAUCCCGACUGCCCGUUAAGAGCAAAAGCACCUCAUCUUCCGGCAGGGCAGCCAUGAGCCCCACGAAAGACAGUAGGGAGCACUUCUUUGACCUUUACAGAAACUCCAUAGAAUUCUUUGAGGAGAUUAGUGAUGAGGCUUCCAAAUUAGUGGACAGGCUCACGCAGUCAGAAAGGGAGCAGGAGCCCCCUUCCGAUGAUGAAAGUAGUAGCGCCCUGGAAGUGUCAGUCAUUGAGAAUCUGCCACCUGUUGAGACUGAGCACUCAGUUCCUGAGGACAUCUUUGACACAAGGCCAAUUUGGGAUGAGUCCAUUGAGACUAUGAUUGAACGCAUCCCUGAUGAAAAUGGCCAUGACCCAGCUGAAGAUCCCCAAGAUGAGCAGGAGCGGAUUGAAGAAAGGCUGGCUUACAUUGCUGAUCACCUUGGCUUCAGCUGGACAGAAUUGGCAAGAGAACUGGAUUUCACUGAGGAGCAAAUUCAUCAAAUUCGAAUUGAAAACCCCAACUCCCUUCAAGACCAGAGCCAUGCACUGCUCAAGUACUGGCUGGAGAGGGAUGGGAAGCAUGCCACAGAAACAGUCCUCAUCGAAUGCCUCACCAAGAUCAACAGGAUGGAUAUUGUACAUCUCCUGGAGACCAACACAGAACCCCUUCAGGAGCGCAUGAGCCACAGCUAUGCGGAAAUGGAGCAGACCAUUGCACUGGACCACAGUGAAGGGUUCUCAGUACUUCAAGAGGAGCUCUGUGCUGCCCGGCACAAGGAAAAAGAAGAACAAGCAGCUUCCAAAGAGAGCGAGUCCAGCGACCACCCUCCCAUGGUCUCUGAAGAAGACAUUUCUGUUGGUUAUUCCACAUUUCAGGAUUGCAUCCCCAAAACUGAGGGGGACAGCCCAGCAGCAGCACUCUCUCCCCAAAUGCACCAGGAGCCAGUUCAACAAGAUUUCUCAGGGAAAAUGCAAGACCAGCAGGAAUUCUACGUGACAACACCAGGGGAAGAAGGGACUGAGACUCAAAAGGCCACAUCCAUUCCUGGCUCUCUGUGUAAGACUCCUGAGGAAAUCAGUACCAGUCCUGAGGAAGGAAAGCCUUGUCUACAGACUCCGGCGACUAGCGAACGUGGUUCACCCAUUGUGCAAGAACCCGAGGAGGUUUCUGAGUCCAAAGAACAGAGUUCUCCAAGGAAAACCAGCCUGGUGAUAGUGGAGUCGGCGGAUGACCAGCCUCAGGCCUUUGAAAAACUUGACAGUGAUGCGGCUUUCCAAAAGGAGCUAUCAGAGGAAUUAGGGGAGCUGGAGGCCAGCUCUGAUGAGGAGGCCAUGGUAACCACCAGGGUUGUCCGCCGCAGGGUGAUUAUUCAGGGAGAUGAUAUGCCUGACAUACCCCCAGAGACCGUCACGGAAGAAGAAUAUGUGGACGAGAAUGGACACACAGUGGUGAAGAAGGUUACCCGGAAAAUCAUUAGACGGUAUGUAUCCUCGGACGGCACAGAGAAGGAGGAGAUCACCAUGCAGGGAACACCUCAGGAGCCCGUCAGUAUCGAGGGUGGGGACAGCUACUCCAAAGUGAUAAAGCGCGUUGUACUAAAGAGCGACGUCCAGCAGUCAGAGGUGACUUUGUCUGAACCCAGCGUUUUGUCCAGUACCUCACAGUUUCAGGCCGAACCAGUAGAAGGCCGUAGAGUCAGCAAAGUUGUUAAAACAACAAUGGUACGUGGAGAGAGGAUGGAGAAAAGCCUGGGGGACGCUAGCUUAGCCACUGACCUUCCUUCAGCCAAAGAUGACUUUGAAGAGGACAACAAUGAGUAAAGCCAGCACGCAGAGGAGGGCUGUGGUGAAGGACCAGCAGGGGAAACGCAUCACCUUGGAGCACCUGGAGGACAUUCCCGGAGCACUAGACCAAGACGACCUCCAGCGAGACCUCCAGCAGCUCCUUCGGCAUUUCUGCAAGGAGAACACAAAGCAAGAGGCCGACUGAGGAGCUGCCCAGUUCGCACCAGAAACCACACACCCACCCAAUAUGCAACUUCCCGUUUCCUCACAGGAGUGACCGAAGUGGCCUAAUUACCGGGAUCCCGUGACAUUUCCACUCUCAGCAAAUACACAGCAUUUUCUUUUGCUUCCUUCUCCCUGACCCUCUCUAACUAUAAGCUAAAUUGUGACCAAAGAUAGCAUCCUUCAUUCUGGAUGCUGUAUCCACUAUUCUAAGCAUCCGUGCUAACCUGGGAACUGGCGCCUCCAUUGUUUGCUUCUGCUCAAGCUCCAUGAAAAAUCCGUUAGUCAAAAGAACUUCACCUGCAGACUUCUUCAAGUGACAAGGGAAUCCUUCCAAGGAUGUCCGUGUAUAAUGUACAUAGCCGAAAUCCUCAGACGAACAACAGAGGAAAACUCAAACCACUGCCUGUCAUGAUUGCACUGGGCAUCAUGGAAUAAAGGCCUCUAGAAUUCGCCGAACAACGAUUAACUAAGGUAUUGCUAACACAAUCCAAUGGUAACACAGUCUACAGAAGGAACACUUCAGACCUAGACACGUCCUUAGAACUUCCAGAGUAGCCGUUGCUCCUAAAUACGGGAUCGCGAUCUUGAAGAAGGAUCCCCAGGAGCAGUCUCUGGUACUGGUCAGCCAUUGCUGCUGGCUGUCCGACUGCAACCCAGAGGGAGGGGAAGAAGGAAGCACAGGCAAGCAGACGGAAACUAUGAGGUAUUCUGGUGCUAGAAGCUGCAUGGGUGGCGUUCUAGCGCCUUCAGGUGUUUUUGCUUUGACACGUUGGCAGGGUAUUUUAAAAGCUAUAACUACUGUAGUUUUCCAGUGUUCAUUGCUGCUUUAGCAAACCAUGCUGUCUUACUGGUGGUACUUUCUUCUGGCCACUGCACUGUAGAUAAUUCAUUGGAAACAAGAUUUAUGCACCACACAAAAGGUUAAAUGCUGUCACCAUGUUGGAGUGGUUUCUUUUCCCUUUUUUUUUCUACCCCACCUUCAGAUUUAUCUCUCCUCUAAUACCUGCAUGUGAACAUUAAACACACGCACACACACACACACACACACACACACAGCCCUUCUUAUCACACUAAUGAUUUUCACUCUGAGCUCUCACUUUCUAGCUACGUCUGCUCUUCAGCUUACAGACGAGACUGAGAAAUCCUUGGAAGAUUCGGUUUUGAUUGAAUUUUUUUUUUUUUUGGUUUAUUUAUUUGAAACCCAGACACCCUUGGAAACUGAAGUGCAUUUGUGCAACUUUCUGUUCCUUUCAGAGAAGGGAUGAUGGCAGUCUGAGUGAUCCCCAUGCCCUAUGUCUAAUCCCUCUAGUGGUUGAAGUUGUGUAGCAUUUUAACAUAUACAUAUAUAUAUAUUCACAAAUAUAUUCAUAUAAACAGUAUACGUUUUGAAUCAGUUAUUUGUUAAAGAAAGUAUAUUCAAUGAAGAUGAAAUUAAAGAAAGAAAGAAAGAAAGAAAGAAAGAAAGAAAGAAAGAAAGAAAGAAAGAAAGAAAGAAAGAAAGAAAGAAAGAAAAACAGUCUACCCUCCAGAGAUUGACCUUUUUCCAGUCUUAUCUGGCCUUUUCCUGUGUGCAGAACUGACUCAUUGCUCGGAAUGUCAAACACAAACACGGCAAACAAUGGCACUUCAUCUUUUAAAGUAACGUUGCCAAGAGAGGAAUUUUCCUGGGAGAGAGGUUUCCUAUCAGCCAAAUCUCCUGAGCCCCCAACACUGGCACUUUCUGGGGGUUGAGUAGAAAUAAAGUAUUCUUUGGCAUCCAAAAUGAGAGAGGCAGGUGGCAGCCCUUUUUGAGACAUGCCAUGGCCCUCUUGUCACACCUUCGCUGGAGCUCAUGAAAAGCCUUUCUGUUGUGUUAUUUGCACUGCAGAUGAUGUCCGUGUAGCAACAUAAUGGUUUUUUUUUCCUGAUUUUGAUUUUUUUUUUUUUUUGCUGUGUUAUCAAAAAACUUGAAUACUGUGAGAAGAAGUGAAUUUUCAGUUGAUAAAUCAGCAUCUUGUUCCCAUGGUGAUAACACUAAUUGAAUAUAUCUAUGAGGGCAUGUAUUAGUUAAUGGAAUACAAUACAACACUAACAAUACAUAGCUGCAAUUGUUGUACAAUGGCUGAUUUAACUAAAUAAAAAUGUACAAGUGUUAAGUGU